AUGCCUCAUACAAGUGUCACUGUUUGUAUUUGGAAGAGGGUGAUUGACAUUCUAAAUUUACCCACACCCAUCUCUCCGAUUUCAUCCCUCCCUCCUGUAUAUCUUCCUCUCUUUCUAUAUCUGCACGUUCACAUCUAUUUAUCUAUCUCGUUCUCUUCAUAUGUACAUAUCUAUCUAUUAAUCCUAACUGUGAGUUAUUCUCUCCCUCUCUCUCUCUUUCUCUUAAUAACAUAUUCCGUUCAUAUCUAUCUAUCUAUCUAUCUAUCUAUCUAUCUAUCUAUCUAUCCCAGUCUCUUCAUAUUUAUCUAUCUAUCCAUUCCAGUCUCUUCAUAUCUAUCUAUCUAUCCAUUCCAGUCUCUUCAUAUCUAUCAUCUAUCUAUCUAUCUAUCUAUCUAUCUAUCUAUCUAUCUAUCUAUCUAUCCCAGUCUCUUCAUAUCUAUCUAUCCCAAGCCUGUUCAUAUCUAUCAUAUCUAUUCAAUCUAUCUCUUAGGCCAACCUUUUUACCGACCGACCGACCAACCAGUUAAAGUUAACUUAAAGAAACGGGAGAUAGAAAGCCGUUAA